UGCUCCUGAUAAGAUCCACCCCCACACUCAACCGCACGCUCGCCCGAAGCAAACCUUUAACGCUCAAUCAAACCCAAAUCUACCCCGCUAACCGAACAAUGCCCAAUAAGCGAAAACACAUCUCUACUCCCUUCACUAGGCACCCGCAUCUGCACAAAAAGCAAAACCCGGCACCGCGACCCCACCACCGCCAGCACCAACAAGGAUCCAACUCCAAAUCCAAAUCCAAACCGAUCGCCAAACAGCCACCACCGCAGAAACCCCCCUCCCUCUUCCACCCCAGCUCGAGAAUCCUCCUCCUAGGCGAAGGGGACUUCUCCUUCGCCGCCUCGCUAGUGCGUCACCACUGCGUUCUACAUUUGACAGCAACGAGCCUGGAUAGUGAAGCGGAGUUACUAGAAAAGUACCCGCAGGCAGCGGGGAAUGUUGCUGUAGUGCGAGGGAUGAUUAGUGGUGGGGGGGUGGUGGUGCACGG